AUGAAUACGGAGAUCGACCGACUCGUCAAACGUCUCCAAACGGCGAUAGAGGUACAUUUGGGAGCACAGAAAGCUUCUCACCAGUACUCGCGGUACGAGAUACGCAAACUGUGGCCGUAUACCGAACAAGAGAUUUCGUUUGAAACGACCACGAAGUUGCUUCGGGAAAGCCGUUCGGGAGGAGGAGAAGAGGAAAGAAAAGUGGACGUGGAGAAACUGAUGGCGAACGUCGGGAGCUAUUUCCUUUCCCAGAAGAAGGAAAAGGAAGAGGAGAAGACUUUGAGCGAUGGCGCGAGUAUCUGCGCGCGAGACGUGUUCGAUUCGCGAGAGAGUGCUUUCGUUGCAGAGAUGAGAACUAAAGUUGUCCUCGAGCGAAGGCUUUCGCAGACGUUGCGAGUGGAAUUGAAGAAAGCGAAGAAAGAAAGCGAACGCGCGAUGAAAGAUAUAACGAACAGAACGGAACAGAACGAGGCGUACGUGAAGCAGGUGUACGACUCCGUGGAGACGUGGAUGAGGAAAGCGACGGAGAUGGAGGAGGAGCGGGAUUCGCAUCGCGAGCGGUGCGAGAAGCUGGAAAAGGAAAACCGAAUGUUAAGGAACGGAGAACGAUUCGAGUUGUUGAGGGAAAAGAUGAUUGUUAGGGAGAGAAAGUUAAAGGAACGACUGGAGGAAGCGCUAAGGUUGGUGGAGGUUUUACGGUUAGAAGGUAUAGAAAAGGACGCGGAGUUGAUUCGUAAUCGAGGCGAGAGAAAAGUAAAAUAG